GCAGCCGUAGGGGAAAGGCCACGUCUGAAUGCCGCUCAUUCUAUGCGGAGCCGGCGCUGCAGCCUCAUCUUCCUGCCACCUCCGGACCAGCCGCGACCUCGUUAGUCGCCCACCGGCAGAUACCGAGCUUGUCUCAUCAUUGUGGAUCCUUGACACAGUAAUCUGGGAUUCUCCAUACAAUUCAUUUAUCCACCCCCAAUCUGUAAUUUGCAAAACUGCUAAAGCAUAAUUCCAUCAAACUGAUGCUAUAAAAAGUGGCGAUCCCCUUCUCGCCAUCAUUCCAGUCAUACUCAGCUUCACCCAGGAUGCUGAGGCUCCGCCUUUCCAAUGCCACAAUUGCAAUUAUCUUGGCAAUCCAGACAGGAUUUCUAGUCUUUCUAUAUACUCAGCAAGGUGGCUUCCUUCCUCAGUCUAUGGAAAAACCUGCUCAGGUGCACAUCCUCAUCCUUUCGUCUUGGAGGUCAGGCUCUUCCUUUGUGGGGCAACUCUUCAGUCAGCAUCCCAAUGUCUUCUAUCUAAUGGAGCCAGCCUGGCACGUGUGGGCAACCAUGUACCAAAACAGUGCCAAAGUCUUGCACAUGGCAGUGCGGGAUCUCAUCAGGUCCGUCUUCAAGUGUGACAUGUCAGUGUUUGAUGCCUACAUGCCCUGGAAGAGAAACAGAAAUUUGUCUGAUCUGUUCCAGUGGGCUGUGAGCCGGGCAUUAUGUACAACACCUGCUUGUGAAUUCUUCCAACGGACUGAUAUUACUGGGGAAAGUGCUUGCAAAACUCUCUGCGGCAAGUAUCCUUUCAGUAAAGCGGAAGAGGCCUGCACGACCUAUAGCCACAUUGUCCUAAAGGAAGUCCGUUUCUUUGACCUCAGAGUCCUCUAUCCACUCCUCGCUGACCCCUCGCUGAACCUCAAAAUCAUCCAUCUAGUCCGUGACCCCAGGGCUGUCCUGAAAUCUCGGGAACAAUCUGUCAAAGCCCUCGCCCAUGACAAUGGAAUAAUUCUGGGUAUAAACAGCAGCAGAGCGGAUGGCGGUGGAUUUAAAGUCCUGCAGGAGAUUUGUAGAAGCCACGUUCAGAUCUACGAAACAGCUAGUCAGAAGCCUCCAUUAUUUUUAAAAGAUCGUUAUUUAUUGAUCCGAUUUGAAGACAUCGUGCGGGAUCCUUUAAUGGAAAUUACUGCAAUGUAUACAUUUACAGGUCUUCUAUUGACCCCAAAACUUGAAAAUUGGAUCUAUAAUAUUACACACGGACAAGGACCGAGUAAGAAGAAAGAAGCUUUCCAGAUUACUUCUCGAGAUGCAAUCAAUGUUUCUCAGGCAUGGAGAAAUGUUCUUUCAUUUCAGAAAGUCCAAAAAGUGCAAGAAGUUUGUAGAGGUGCUUUAAAUAUACUCGGUUAUCAAUUUUUAAAUUCUGAGAAAGAGCAGAAAGAUUUGUCUUUAGAUCUAAUAUUACCUCAUCGGAGAACCCAAUUUCGCUGGGCAUUGUUUCGUGAAAACUAGAUCAAAUAACUUGAAAAGAUUUGUUGGUUUCAGUACAUCCGAGUUCUCUUAGAACUUCAUCUUAUCAAACCAAGGAAUUGUAUGUUUUUUGCGUUUGCCUAACUUCCAGACUAGCCUCAUAAAAUAACAAGAAAUUACUUUUCAUCUGCGCACAGUUAUAAUUUUGAUAUGCUAUCAAACACCACCUUGCUUUUUGUUUUCUU